UAUCGUGUAUGUAAUUAGAAAAUAUUUUAAUGUAACAAGACGUGCAUCUUACAAGAAGCUAAAAUAUGCCAAUCUCCAAUUUCUAAUGAAUGUUUGAAAUUAUAGGUUAGAAUAAUUGAAUACCGAACAUGUCAAGAAUACUUUUCAAAGCAGACAUUUUAUGAAGUGGUCAAAAAAAAUUAAGUGUAUCAAAAUAUUUCUAGAUUAUGAAAGUUUAUUAUUUGCGCAAGCCUCAAGCAUUGUUUUUACACGAUUCGUGAGUGUCAUUUUACUGCAGCCUAUAUCAGAUAUUUUUAGGGGAUGUUAGGCAGUUCUUUGGUAUUUCAUGUGCAUAUACUAUUGUUUUCACUUGGUGUUGUGUCUACUUUAGAUAUUCGGGAUGUUGUAUUUGUUAUUAUUAGCCAGAAUAAUAAAUAUAAUCUGGUAUUGGCCGAAAAUUUGAAGACUUCAAUACUGAAUGAAUCCAAAACUUUAUAUAAUAAACAUCCAGUGAUUCAUAUAUCUUGCAAAGAUUUUCCAGGCGAUGGCGGCUGGACUAUAUUACCUCUCAUUACACCGCUGUCAAAUUUACACCAACAUAAUGCAUCGUGGGUAUUCUUCAUACAAGACUACACAAAUAUAAGAUUGAAUGUACUUUUAUCAGUGUUUGAAAAAUACAACCAUACACAGGAAAUUUGGUUUGGGAACGCCCUCACUGACAAGGUGGCUACCAUAAUUCAUCAUUUCGCUUUUUACAAGGAUCCGUCAUUUUUCAGAUACCCAAAUUUUGCUUCGGGAUUUUCUAUCAGCAUGACCCUUAUGAUCAAGUUGUCAGAUCAGUGGAAAAAUGGUAAAGUAGGAAAUUCCAAUUUUCACAUUGACAGUAGCCACGAGCUCUCGAAAUUUGUUUGGAGUGAUGGUGAUGGACCGAUGAUAAUACAUGAAAAAGCCUUAUGUAGUAGCCCACUCGAAGAAAACUCCUCAUACCAGUGCCUUUCGAUACCAAAUGCUGUUCCAACUUGUGAUAAUUUAGUGCCACGUCAAAAUAUAUACUUUGCCGUAAAAACUUGUAAAAAAUUCCACCGAGAUAGAGUUCCUAUUGUUAAAAAUACUUGGGGCAAGUAUGCUACCGUAAUAAAAUUCUUCAGUGAUACCGAAGAUAAGUCAAUUCCUACUGUGAAUCUACGUAUUCCAAAUACUGAAACCGGUCAUUGUGCUAAAACUAUGGCAAUAAUACGAUAUAUUAUAGAAGACAUCGAAAACAAUAAUGACAUUGAAUGGAUCAUUAUUGUUGAUGAUGACACUAUUCUGGGUGUUGCAAAUCUUCAACAUAUUCUGGCCUGCUAUGAUCCAUCUGAAAAAAUAGGAUUGGGGGAAAGAUACGGCUAUCAACUUCAUUUUGGAGGAUACACUUACAUCACAGGUGGAGGAGGAAUGGUAUUCAGUAAACCACUUCUAGAAAAAUUAGCACGAAACUGUAAAUGUUCAACUUUAAAUGAGCCCGACGACAUGAUUUUGGGACUUUGUAUGGCUAGAAUGGGAAUAGAGGUGACACAUUCUCCUGCAUUUCAUCAGGCAAGACCACCAGAUUACAAUCCAAAAUUCUUGGAAUCAUACGAAGUAGUCUCUUUCCACAAACAUUAUAUGCUAGAUCCAGUAGAAGUAUACAUACGGUGGUUUGAAGCUAAAGAUAGAAUGAUUUUGCAAACGAUGUCCCAAUGGAUGAACUUUCAAGUUAAAAUCUAUGAACCCGAGAACAUUGAAACGGAACUAUGGGGAAGAAACUUAAUAACUGGUACAUAUACUGGAAUCAUUGGAGAAAUAGUCAACACCGAAGCUGAUAUUGCUUUAGGAGAAUUAUAUUAUACUCCUUAUUUAUUAGAUUUAAUGGAUCUCACCAUACCUUACAAUACAGAGUGUUUGACGUUUAUUACACCAGAAGCACUAACGGACAAUUCUUGGAAGACCUUAAUUUUACCUUUUAAGCCGAUAUUAUGGACAGGUGUCUUGGUAUCUUUAGUAGUUACUAUCCUUUGCUUUUACUAUUUAUCCAAUUUUUAUGCAACUACUACAUCGAUUGAGAGAAACAGCGAAGAUACUCUUUACAAUAUAAACUCUAGUUUAAAGCAUAGAAAAGUUAUAACAGUCUCCAUCAAUCCAAAUCCAGAAAAAAUCAAUGAGAAUGAAAAAUACACUUUGAUGAGAGAAAAAUAUCAACAAUCAAAACAAGAAGAACCAAAUGGGCUUUACCAGUUUAGUGAACCUAUCAACAGCGCACUUUACACUUACAGCAUGCUAUUAUUAGUUUCUCUACCGAAAUUACCAACCGGGUGGUCUUUGAGAUUAUUAACUGGAUGGUACUGGUUGUAUUGUUUACUUGUAGUGACUGCUUACCGCGCUAGUAUGACAGCCAUUUUAGCUAGACCCUCCAUUGCGGUUAAAAUUGACACUAUAGAACAAUUGAUCAAAAGUCGAUUGACGUACGCAGGAUGGGGUGAAAUCAACGAACAUUUUUUUAAGACAUCAGCAGACCCUUCACUGGAAAUCAUUUCAGAUAAUUUCGUUCUUGUGAACGAUUCCGAAGAGGCAGUAGAUAAAGUGGCAGAAGGAUCCUUCGCUUUUUACGAAAACACUUAUUUCUUAAAAGAAGCUUUGGUUAAAAGACAACAACGAUUCCAAAAGCAAUUCUCAACAAACGAAAAUUCAACAAAUCAGUCCGAAAACUUAGUAAAUGUUAAAAAUGAUAGAAUUCUUCAUAUUAUGGAAGAUUGUAUUAUAAAGAUGCCAAUUUCCAUAGGUCUUCAAAAGAAUUCCCCUUUAAAACCACGCAUAGACAAAUUCAUCAGACAAGUAUCAGAAGCUGGAUUUAUAGAAAAAUGGUUAGACGAUGUAAUGCAAAAAGUGUAUACCACUGAAAUACAAAUAGAAGAUUCGGGAACUACCAAAGCUAUAAUGAACUUGAGAAAAUUUUCCGGUGCUCUCGUCGCCUUAGUUUUUGGCUAUUUAGUUGCUUUAAUAGUUCUCAUGGCAGAGAAUAUUUAUUUUUAUCUUAUAGUUUCUAAACAUCCACAUUUUAAUAAAUAUACAAAACAAAUUGUUACUAAAUCUAAUUAAGUGUAUAGUAUAUACUAUUGUUGGUAAAAUAUAUCGCCAUAAAGAUAAAA